GUUACUUCCCCUUUGAUGCCGGCGUGUGUGUGUUCUGGGUGGCAGUGGAUGUCCUUAUGUGUACAGCCUCCAUCUGGCACAUGUGUACCAUGUCCAUGGAUCGUUACUUUACACUUAAGUACCCUAUGCGGUACGGACGCAACAAGACAAAGAUGAUGGUGGUUUUGAAAAUUUUCUUUGUAUGGAUAGUAUCUAUUACCAUUAGUAGUCCAAUAUUCAUAUUUGGGGCCAAAGACACAGCGAAUGUGUACAACGACGGAUUGUGUGCACCAACUGUUGCCGAUUUUGUGAUUUACGGAUCAAUUUUCGCCUUCUAUAUCCCUCUGACUAUCAUGCUUAUUACUUAUGUCCUAACAAUCCGAAUACUUUGGAAAAACCAAGUUCUUAUGAAGAAUAUAGAACGUUCCAACAAUUACCGACCACGUAAUCGGUAUGGAGAUAAUCGCUGUGUGAUACGGACAUUGUUAUCUCCCCCUAGUGAUGAGGGGUCACGUAAGGUGAGCUUGGGUAAUAACAGUGAUACAGAUGCUACAAUGCUGGCUGGAAUUCUGCCACAACAAGACAACCUGAGCCCAAAUCUGUCCAAUCAGGACACGACAGAUCCUCUUGGCCAGUACGACCUGCUCCCAUCCUCGGACAUCCAACAGGACACAGAAUACCAGGAGACUAACCACAAGCUGCUCAAUACUGAAUAUAAAGGGGGGAAAAAUCGGUCAGCCUCCAUGUCAUGUCUGGAGAUUCACAUCUCCAAUCCGUCUGAUGAUGACAGUUGUCAAUGUGACUCACGGACGGACCUACUUUCGUCCAAAUGCGAGUCCUGUCAGCACGGAGAACGGGAAAACCUCAGCCCUAAACUUAAUAUGUGUCAGUGUGAAAUGGAAACGGACUUGGGAUCUAAACCAAACCUGUGUCACUGUAGCUCUCAAACAAAUGAAAAAACUACACUGGAUGUAUGUCAAUGUGAGUUUGAUAAGGAAGUAAAGGCAUUAAAACGUAACAGACACACACUCCACUGUGCCGCAUCGUUUAAUAACGUUCCUAACCUCGACAAAAGCAUGACAGCCUCACCCCAACGGCUGUCAGAAACUGUCCAAUUUCACAGCUGUGGCAACCUCACACGAGAUUUCAAAUUCAAGGAGUGGAAGCAACACUACUUCCAGAUCCAACGAGAAAUGGACCAAUGUUUGAAGGACGGUUGCGGUUCACCAAGUAGAGAACAUUCCUCCCCGAACAAGGAGUGUCCGAACUGCUCUCCAAGUAAGGAACACUCUCCAAAUAAG